AGAGCUUGGACACAGGACGGUCAGGUGUAGGAUCAAGGCUACAUUUAUAUAAAGACUGAGGAAUGUGUGCUGGAAACUCAAGCUUAGAAAGGGAAAGGACCAGAGGAUUUGUAAGUCACACCAUGAGGACCUUAAUUUUUGUCCUCACAUUGAGCACUUUCUCCUGUUCAGGGUUCCCAGUGUACGACUAUGAGCUCCCUGUCACAGAAGAGGCUCUGAAUGCUUCCAUUGCAAGGAUCAAUUCCCAGUCAUGGGGGACAAACCUGUAUGGUGUUGUCAGGAGCCGUGUCACAAGAGUUGACAUGUGGGACAGUGACACUUACAGACUAGAGCUGCAGUUCAGUGUUCGUGAGACUGUGUGCACCAAAGCUUCAGGGAGAGACCCAGCCACGUGUGACUUCAAACUAGGGCCCUUCGUGCCAACUGCUCUCUGCAGCAGCCUCGUGCAGGUCUCCGGGGAGCGGAUCUCCAGCAUGAUCGUGCGGUGCCGUCAUGGCACCUACAGCUCCGAGUCCAUGAGCAGCGAGGAGAUGAUGCACGUGCCCAUAAUGAACCCCAACAGGCAAGGCAGCAGUCACAGAGAAGAAGAUGUGUUUGCUCCUGAAGCCUUGCCCUCAACAGGGAGAGGCAGCAGCCCUGGAGACUGGCACAGACCCAGCCAUUUCAGCUCUGCCAAGAGGGAAUAGUGUGGUUUGGUACUUUGGAGAAUGGGAAGAAUCCAGAUUCAAAGACCUGGCAUAUGAAGAAAGAACCUAAAGAACCUGAUGCCAUUUCCUCUUUUUUUUCCAUGGAAAAUUCAUCUGUAAUGAAGUGAUGGUCCUUUUGCCACAAUGUCAAAUAGCCAGUGGAUGAGUUAAGGAGCUGCUAAAUGCACUUGUCAGUCAGUAGCUGCCUUCUGAUGUGUUGGAGCUCCCAGGGAGGACUGUCCCUGACACCUGGCCUGACUGUGUCCACUCUGUGGUUUACCAUCUCAUUAUGAUGCUGUUAAAGGAUCAUCAUUCCACCUUCUGCAUUGCUCUCUGGUUGCUUGUAAUUUUCUGUGAUGCUUGUAGCUAAUUAUUGAUUCAUUCAACAUAAUAAAGGCGCUUAAUUUCUUUUUC